CAAAAGGGACAUCGAGCUGCUGCUGAAGCUCAUCGCCAACCUGAACAUGCUGCUCAAGGACGAGAACGUCAACGUGGUCAAAAAGGCCAUCCUGACCAUGACCCAGCUCUACAAGGUGGCCCUGCAGUGGAUGGUGAAGUCCAAGGUGAUCAGCGAGCUGCAGGAGGCCUGCUGGGAGAUGAUGUCCUCCAUGGCCAGCGACAUCAUCCUGCUGCUGGACUCGGACAACGACGGCAUCCGCACCCACGCCAUCAAGUUCGUGGAGGGGCUCAUCGUCACGCUGUCCCCGCGCACGGCCGACUCCGACGUCCCCAAGCGGCACGAGAACGACGUCAGCCUGGAGCGCAUCCCGCGGGAUCACCCCGUCAUCAAGUACAACGCGCUGUGGGAGGAGGGCAAGGCGGCGCUGGAGCAGCUGCUCAAGUUCAUGGUGCACCCGGCCAUCUCCAGCAUCAACCUGACGGCCGCGCUGGGCUCGCUGGCCACCAUCGCCCGCCAGCGGCCCAUGUUCAUGGCCGAGGUCAUCCAGGCCUACGAGACCCUGCACGCCAACCUGCCGCCGACGCUAGCCAAAUCCCAGGUGAGCAGCGUGCGCAAGAACCUGAAGCUGCACCUGCUGAGCGUCCUGCGGCACCCGUCCUCGGGCGACUUCCAGCCGCAGAUCACCACGCUGCUGGUGGACCUGGGCACGCCGCAGGCCGAGAUCGCCCGCAGCAUGCCCAGCCCCCGCGACGCCCGCAAGCGCCCGCGCGACGAGCCCGACGCCGCCCUCAAGAAGAUGAAGAUCGAGCCCCCGCUGGGCGAGGAUGACGAGGACAAGGACCUGGAGGCGCCCACGGUGGCCGUGGCCAAAGUGGCCGGCACGGCCAACGUCCCCUCGGACACCGACAUCACGGCCGAGUUCCUGCAGCCGCUGCUGACCCCCGAGAACGUGGCCAACCUGGUGCUGAUCAGCAUGGUGUACCUGCCCGAGGCCAUGCCCGCGUCCUUCCAGGCCACCUACACGCCCGUGGAGUCGGCCGGCACCGAGGCGCAGAUCAAGCACCUGGCUCGCCUCAUGGCCACCCAGAUGACCGCGGCCGGACUCGGGCCAGGCGUGGAGCAGACGAAGCUGCUGCGGGAGGAGCCCAAGGAGGAGAAGGCGGCCAAGCCGGACGGAGUGGUCAUCAAGCGGCGCCUGUCGGCCCUGGGCCAGGGCCAGGCCAUCGCCGUGCUGGGCGCCCACGGCUCGGCCGGGGGGCUGCUGGACGAGACCCCCCAGGCCAAGCGCCGGCCCGAGCCCAUCAUCCCGGCCACGCAGCCGCGGCUGGCGGGGGCCGGCGGUCGCAAGAAGGUUUUCCGGCUCAGCGAUGUCCUGAAGCCGCUCAGCGAUGUCCAGGUGGAGAAGCUCAAGCUCGGCGCCGUCCGGCGCAUCCUGCGCUCCGAGAGGGCUGUGGCCGCCAGCGGGGCCCCGCAGGCCCGUGUGAAGAUCCUGGCCUCGCUGGUGACGCAGUUCGAGGUGCCCCUCAAGAGCGAGGUGCUCUCCUUCAUCCUGGACGACGUCCGGGGCCGCCUGGACCUGGCCUUCGCGUGGCUCUUCCAGGAGUACAACGCCCACCUGGCCCGCGGCGGCGCCGGUGGCCUCGAGCGCUACGACGAGUGCCUCAUCGGGCUACUGGCCGGGCUGCAGGAGAAACCCGACCAGAAGGACGGAAUUUUCACCAAAGUGGUGCUGGAGGCGCCGCUCAUCACCGAGAGCGCGCUCGAGGUCAUCCGCAAGUACUGCGAGGAUGAGAGCCGCACCUACCUGGGCAUGUCCACCCUGCGCGACCUGAUCUUCAAGCGGCCGUCGCGGCAGUUCCAGUACCUGCACGUGCUGCUGGACCUGAGCUCCCACGAGAAGGACAAGGUGAGGCAGCAGGCGCUGCUGUUCAUCAAGCGCAUGUACGAGAAGGAGCAGCUCCGCGAGUACGUGGAGAAGUUCGCCCUCAACUACCUGCAGCUGCUGGUGCACCCCAACCCGCCCUCGGUGCUCUUCGGCGCCGACAAGGACACGGAGGUGGCAGCGCCCUGGACCGAGGAGACCAUCAAGCAGUGCCUGUACCUGUACCUGGCCCUGCUGCCCCACAACCACAAACUCAUCCACGAGCUCGCCUCCGUCUACACCGAGGCCAUCGCCGACAUCAAGCGCACGGUGCUGCGCGUCAUCGAGCAGCCGAUCCGCGGGAUGGGCAUGAACUCGCCGGAGCUGCUGCUGCUGGUGGAGAACUGCCCCAAGGGCGCCGAGACCUUGGUGACGCGCUGCCUGCACAGCCUGACCGACAAAGUGCCACCCUCGCCGGAGCUGGUGAAGAGGGUGCGGGAGCUCUACCACAAGCGGCUGCCGGACGUGCGGUUCCUCAUCCCCGUCCUCAACGGGCUGGAGAAGAAAGAGGUGAUUCAGGCGCUGCCCAAACUCAUCAAGCUCAACCCCAUCGUGGUCAAGGAGGUGUUCAACCGCCUGCUGGGGACGCAGCACGGUGACGGCGCCUCGGCCGUGUCCCCCCUGAACCCCGGGGAGCUCCUGAUCGCCCUGCACAACAUCGACUCGGCCAAGUGCGACAUGAAAUCCAUCAUCAAAGCCACCAACCUGUGCUUCGCGGAGCGCAACGUGUACACGUCGGAGGUGCUGGCGGUGGUGAUGCAGCAGCUGAUGGAGCAGAGCCCGCUGCCGAUGCUGCUGAUGCGCACGGUCAUCCAGGCGCUGACCAUGUACCCCCGCCUGGGCGGCUUCGUCAUGAACAUCCUGUCCCGCCUCAUCAUGAAGCAGGUGUGGAAGUACCCCAAGGUGUGGGAAGGGUUCAUCAAGUGCUGCCAGCGCACGAAGCCCCAGUCCUUCCAGGUGGUCCUGCAGCUGCCCCCGCCCCAGCUCGCCGCCGUCUUCGAGAAGUGUCCGGAGCUCCGCGAGCCCCUCCUGAGCCACGUCCGAGCCCUCACCCCACACCAGCAAGCGCACAUCCCGCUGUCCACCAUGGCCAUCCUGGAGGCCACCACGCGCCACGAGCCCGCGGGGACACCUGGAGAGGAGAAGCCCCCCAAACGUCCGAGCGAGGAGGACCCCAAACCCAAGGGGGCCCCCCCAGCCCCGGGGGGGGGUCCCAGCUCAGGCUCCUCCCCCUCCGAGCCCCCCCCCGCGGACCUGGGGGGAGGGGGCGACCUGGAGCCCCCCUCCAUCUUCAUCAGCGUCCCCGAGGAUGAGGAGAGCUCGGGGGGGGACGUGUCCCCCCCCGCCCCCGCCACCCUCGACCCCCCCACGGCCCCCCCAAAGGACCCCCCCGCGGGCCCGGAGCCCCCCCCGGCCGUGCCCCCCACCACCGAGGGCCCCCCCAGCAGCCCCCCCUCAUCGGAGCCGCCCCCCCCCGGCACCCAGAGCCCCGAGGUGCCCCCGGGGGGGGUCCCUGAGGUCCCCCCCGGCCCCACCGAGGGCUGA